UUAAAACAUUAACGGAAGGUUUCCAAGAUGGCGGCUCUAUUUGUAAAUCAUAGAAAAGUGAAAGAAUUUCGGCACACUGCACAUGUACAGAAUAUGCUAGACAAUGAGAUGUAUGCCAGAUACAGAUAUACAAAUGGUGGAAUAUAUUAUCUAGAGGAUUUGCUGAAGGAAUCACUGGAAAGAACGACAAGAAGAAACAGAGCACUUACUGUUAUACAGAUGAUUCUGAUUACGUUGCGCUUCUUCGCCACAGGAGCAUUUUUUAACAUCAUUGGUGAUAGCAUGGGCUACCACAAGUGCACUGUGUCACGUGUUGUAGCCCAAGUAACAGAAGCAAUGUGUGGUCACAUACAUCAGUUUGUGAUGUGGCCUGAUGCCAAUGCUCGAGCAUGGAAUAUGACAGAAUUUUUUAAGAAAGCUGGUUUCCCGAAUGUUGUUGGAUGUGUAGACGGAACACAUAUCCGAAUCCAGGCGCCAUCCGAAGAUGAACCAGCCUUCGUGAAUAGGAAAGGCUUCCAUAGCAUCAACAUGCAGGCUGUAUGUGACAUCAAAGGAAAAUUUACAAGUGUAAAUGCAAGCUGGCCUGGGUCGUGCCACGACGCGCACGUCUUCAGAACGUCGGGAUUGGCAGCCAAACUGACCAUUGAACAUGUCGCGUUUUCAGAUGGUGUCCUUUUAGGAGACAGUGGGUACGCCCUGAAGACAUUCCUCAUGACCCCUUUCAUUAGGGUUGACAGUGAAGCAAAGGAAAGAUAUCAACAGGCACACACUCGGAAAAGGGCCUGCAUUGAGAGAGCAUUUGGCAGGCUUAAGAGGAGAUUUCAUGUUUUACAUUCAGAGAUACGCCUCAGACCAGAAAAGGCAUGCAAGGUAGCUGUGGCAUGUGUAAUCCUACAUAAUAUUGCAGUGGACAUGAACAUGCCUAUGGACGACGAUGAGUUCAUUCAGCCACAGAAUGGGAAUGCACCAAGAUGGUGGUACUGGCGUUGCCACUAGAGACUUCAUUGUGGAAAACUUCUUCUCUGUGUAGUAUCGAUAUGGACUUAUAUAUACCACUGCUAUCAUAAAUGCUC